AACUCAGUGCUGCUUUGUCCACCAUAAAUCUCACAUGGACUACCAUCGAACUAAUUAAAGGAGUCUGCAGUAAGAAUCCAGCAACAAACUGCCCCAGCUGAGGCAUGGAACAUCUAAUACCAGAGCAGAAAUUUAGUAGUAACGAGUUUAUAGGUGCUUCAAAACCAUAGUUAUUCACGCAGAAAACUGUUUAUGUUACUGUUUACAAGAAAUAAGUAUAAACGUGUUUCAUUGAAGUAUGAACCCCUGUUGCAAUAGAGUAAUAUAAUCUUGACCAAUUGCUGAAAGACCGAUUCCUGCUAUACCGACUGAUACGAAUUGGUUGUGUUUAAUAUUUGAGAAUUUAUUCAAAAGAUGUCGCAUUCAUCGGCGUUCAUUAAAGAGUCAAUUCUCAAUUGCGACCGAUUCCGAUCUGUCAGGUCAGCUGUAAUCCCGAGCAAAAGGGAAAGCAGUGCAAAGUACAAAAUGGUUUUAUGUGGGAUUGCUUCCCGAUGUAAGAGCAAGUGUCGUACUUUUGAGUGAGGUGGAUUGUGUUUAUGUUUAGAAUGAAUAUAUCAGUCUCUUCCGGAACUGAUAGAUUCGUGGAUUACUUUGUAAUUUGUGGCUUGGAUCUGAGUUCAGGACUCGAGCCAGAUCGGUUUGCUGGUGACAACUUGGAGUCGACACCUCUGGAUCGUUCAUACAAGUGCCAGGUGCUGGGACACUACCCAGACGCUGUGCUUUGGAACCCAUUUGACAAGAAUGCAGUUGGCAUGUUAUGCCUGCCGCAUGGCCUUCAGUUCCGCACCCAGAAACACUCCCUGGAGCCACAGUUCCAUAGCUUUGUCAUCACACGAGAGGAUGGGCACCGCAGCUAUGGCUUCAGUUAUGUAUUCUAUGAGGAGAUUAACAACAGAAAAAUCUGCUCGGCAAUGCAAACUCUCCAGGCAAUGCAUCUCACAGAGCUCUCGAGCAAUCAGGUUGGUCGCAGUGGUCGACGAGGUCACUCAGCUGGGCUGGGGCAUGAUGCACACAACACACGCUCACUUCCACGCCACUUCAAACUGUCAACUCACCAACAGGGGGCGGCACAGAGCUACUAUGAUGCAGCUAAGGAUACACUGUACGUCAGUAAAAGCAUAGCACUAAUAUGCCAGCUGCCGUACGUGUAUGCUGCAUGCAAGUACCUGAGAGGUCUGCACAGGCUGGUGUCCACGUCUAGUCCAGGACAACUCAGCAUUGAGAGUUACAUACAUAACUUGCUGUAUGAAGUUCCAGUUCCGCAGCCUGGACGUACUGUGUGCUUCUCCUGCCCUCUGGCAGACAGUGUGGUUAUUCAGAGGCCUGGCUCCAUUGAGGAACUGCCACUGUUUGACUUCUCACUGCGGGAGUUGUUCACCCUGCUGGGAGUGGACUGCCUCACACAGCUGUUCACAUGUGUCCUUCUGGAGCACCAAGUCCUAUUAUGUUCCUCAGAUUACCACCGCCUGAUGCUAGUGGCUGAGUCAGUGACGGCAUUGCUGUUUCCAUUCUCGUGGCAGCAUGUGUACGUUCCCAUCUUGCCUGCCUCACUGCAACACUUCCUCGAUGCGCCUGUACCAUUUGUAAUGGGCCUCCACAGCUGUAGUGAAUCACAGCUCAAGAUUGCAAGUGAGGCCAACUUGUGCUAUGUGGACAUUGAUAGCCAAACCAUCCAGUUACCGGAAGAGCUGCCAAGCUUCCCCCAGCAUGCAGAGUUUGUGGGCGAGUUAAGAGAACUGCUUAUGAAACACACAGUGAGCAGUGGACAGUCAGUGAGGAACCUCAAUGAACGCAUAGUGCCACAUGCCAGUAGCAAUAUGACCUCCAGCUGCACACUACCAGGUGGCUUUGGUCAACUAAUGCGUCGCAAACACUCCUGGUCACACAACUCAGAUGCAGGCAUGUCAGAUGCUCUACAGCGAAUCGUUGCCAUUGUUGAGCGUACAGGUGUCUCGCUGGAUGAUAGUGGUCAAGUGAAUGGUACUGAAUGUAAGCUCUCAGAGCAUGAACAGUAUGUUGAAGAUCUGAGGUUCAACAAUGCUGUGCGGGAAGUGUUCCUGAACCGAUUUGUAUAUAUAUUUUCAGCUUAUGAGCAUUUUGUGAUACAACCCAACCAGGACAAGGAACAGUGGCUGAAUAACAGAGACACGAUGCAGAACUUUGACAAGGCCACAUUCCUGUCUGACCAACCUGAGCAGCAUUUGCCAUUCCUGUCACGAUUCAUUGAGAGCCAAAUGUUUGCCACACUGAUUGACAACAAGAUCAUGGCCAGCUGGAGUGAGAUGGAGCCAAACUUGCGUGUGUUUGACCGAAGGAUACGCCUCCUCAGAAAGCGGUUUGGGGAGGCAUUGGUACGCACACCAGGCUAUGAGCCCUGCACUACCAUUAGGGACACAGAAUUACUGUUGGAGAAGCGUCUGGCAUCAGUGGACAUUGUGGUGGCCAGCCCUCAGGAAGUCUUGCAGACUGCUGGUCCACAGCAGCACUCAGGUGUAUUCCCUUUGCUGGACCCAGUUGCUCUUAAUAAGGAGCCUGUUCACAGAUCUCAAAAACGUAAAACUAUGCAGUGGCGCACUGGUCAUCAUUGUCACCAUCACCAGAACAUAGAGCAGCAUGAACCAGUAGAUGGUGAGAGAACAGCCGACACUGUGGGAUUACUACAGAGGGUCAGCAGCACAGGGAUCAGUUUGCGGCAGCCCAAGUUGAGAAACGACAUGAGUCCUGCACGGGUAGCACAGACCAACUGGACCUUUGUGGAGACAUUGUUAAAGGACUGCAAGAGCAAGACAAAACGUAUGUUGGUGGAAAAAAUGGGAACUGAAGCUGUGGAACUUGGGCAUGGUAGUGGGGAGAGUUCACUGGAAGGAGUGGAAGAAAAUACACUCAUUGCAAGCUUGUGUGACCUUCUGGAGCGGAUUUGGUCACAUGGACUGCAGAAAAAACAGGGAAAGUCAGCCCUCUGGUCUCACCUCACCAACUACCAGGAACUCAAGGAAUGUGACGACACUUCAAAACCCAUUGAUCCCAACUUCUUGACUCCUGUCCUCGCGUGGUGUGUGCUCCGGAAGAGACUUGACUAUCUGUCUUCAAUGGCAUUGGAGACGGACCUGUCACCUUCCAGUCAGCGUCAUGGUCGAGAAGGACACAAAUUGCCAGAGGGCAGGUCACAAAUUAGUAGCAGCCCUGCCUCUUUGCCUCCUAAUUCAGAGCAGCCAAAUCUGCGUCCCCUGCCUGUGUCACUGACCGCUGACAUGAGGAAUGUGCAGGCAAUGACAGACAUCAAGACACACAUUGGCUAUGCAAGAGCAUGGGUGCGACUGUCACUGGAGAAGAAACUCCUGUCCAGGCACCUUCGCACUCUACUUUCUGAUUCUGCAUUGCUCAGGAGCCAGUACAAGCGCUAUGCAUUCCUCCGCUGCGAGGAUGAGAAGGAGCAGUUUCUCUACCACCUGCUGACUCUGAAUGCUGUCGACUACUUCUGCUUUACCAACACUUACACUGGCACCAAGCUACCUUACCGUGUGGUGAUAUUCCCCUCCAGAAAAACAAGUGCUGCCACCACCUCGGCUAAUUCAUGGGUUGCAGUAUCAGGUACACUUGGUGAAACGUCCCCAGUGCCAAUCCCUCGUGGGGCCCUGGAGUUUUUAUUUCGUCACAAGAACCUGGGCAUCCUCACAACGCUGAGGAUUGGACAUGACAACUCUGGGCCUUCCCCUAAGUGGAUGGUGGAACACGUAGUUGUGCGCAAUGAAGUCACUGGACACACAUACAAGUUCCCUUGUGGCCGGUGGCUGGGACGAGGCAUUGAUGACGACUCAACAGAGCGCCUUCUGGUUGGUGAGCUGGUGCCUCGUGAUGUGGACAGUGAUGAGCUUGUAGAGACAUGUCGCACACCCCCACCUCGUUGCCACAGCCCCAGUGUGCCUCGCAGAUCACAAGAUGCUCGCCCUUCUCUGGCAGAAAUCCAACACAUGCUGGGUGAUGCAGUGAAUAGCAUUGUCAAGUUAUUGUAUCAUCGCAAGCACGAUAAGGAACGUAGCACCCUAACACUGCUCCUGUGUGGGGAGACAGGCCUUGUGUAUUGUCUGGAGCAGGCAUUCCUUACAGGCUUCAAGUCAACCCGCCUCUUUGGACGCAAUCUUUACCUCUGGGACUACUUCUUGCGUGCCAAGGAACAGUUUGAAGCCACCCUCCUGGAUUCAGAUGGAGACAUGACCCCACAUCCUUCAGAGAAGCAAAUACUGCAUUGCUACUGCAAUCUGGUCAACCAGAUUGGAAGCACAAGUCACACUCUUGGCAAAGAUGGGAAGUUCCAGUUGUUUGUAUGCCUAUGUGCCAGAGAACACCUGCUGUCACGAAUGUUGACACCCCUGUCUUUAUGCUGUGUGACACUUGAGAUGUACGAGGAGCAGUCUUUCCUCCGCAGCCCAACACUGCUGACUUUCCUGCGACAGAUUCUUGAGUCACUGGAUGAGUUUGACAUUGUGCUGGAAAAUUCACUCACUCAAGGAAUUGGAGGAACCCACUAGGCUCAUCCUGUCAGCUGCUGUCUUUCUAUGCCAUGGACAUAAUACUCAUUGCUGUCUUAUGUUAUGUAACACUGUGUAGUCUGUUGAAAGUUAACCGACAUUUCAGAGGAACAUGCAUUAGGUAGUAAGCAGAGCAGACUUGCUUAGUUUAUUCUUCAGUUCUGAAGAUGGAGACGACAUGUCCCUAUGAAACAUGGAUCGACUUUUACUGGAUAACAGCAUUAUAUCUCAGAAGAUAGAAAUCUUCAUAACUACCAGUGUGAGAACCUCAAGUCCUAUAUAAUACUCAUUACUCAUUACUUGACGUGGGGCCUUUGUGUGGCGUGUUCAUGCAGGUGGUGCUUGUGACAGCCUCUGCGGUUAUCUGUGCUAUAUGACGAACAUUUGCAAAGCCCAAGAUGAUAUUUCUGCACUUUUACAGACAGGCCUACACACCUGCUUUGCAGGGUUUGUGUUUUCAGCUGUGAAGAAGGUCUGUUGUGCAUGUUUGUAUACAUUUACUGGAGCAUGACUCCUGUUGAUCUCUUAGCAGUAAGAACAGUGAAGAGCAUGAGGCAGACACACAAUCCUGUAUCUCAUUUGACAAAUGCUGCAAGAUUUCAUGUAAUUUGUUUCCUGUAGCUGAUUUAAGAUGUACAUUCAGGGAAUUUCUUAAAAAUAGUCGAAUUCAUCAGAAAAUACACUAUAAAAGGACAUUAUGCAGUUACAUGUUGCCAGGUUUAAAUAUGAAUUUGAGUUUCAUGGUCACAGUUCUCGUUAGCUAGCAAAUUAUAAGCAGUUACCCAGGCUGAACUCUUGCAGUUGCCAUGCCAGUUCAGUUCAGCAUAUGAACAGGUGACCGAGUGUGAAGAUAACUUCAUACACACUUGUCAUUUGAUUUCUUGCAGCAUGCAACAUGUAAUUCAGCUUUCAGGGUUUAGUCUUGUAUGUUGAAGCCGUUUCAUCAUGAAGAUGGCAAGUGCAGUACACACUGAAAUGCUGGAACAGCGACAACAUAUGAUGUGGCUGAACCUCAAAAGCCAGAAUUCCAUAUAUUUUUAUGCAUAAUUAAUGUGUGACGUAUGUAGGUCAUCUCCACAUAUAAACACAAUUACUGCAGAUCUGUGUGUGUUGUGUGUCUGCAUCACACUGUCAUGCUCUGACUCUGUUUUUGUUCCUUGCUAAGUUCCAUACCAAAGAUGUGUGUGUGAGAGUGUGAGUGUGCAUGUGUGGUUGCAGUUAUGCUCAGCGGGUUGUUAUCUGCUGCAGCAAAGAUAUCAGAUGCUACCCCAGAGAGCUUGGAAAGUUUUUAUGUUCUUAUGCAUCUUGUAAAUGCACAGAUUAUGAUAUUUUGUCAUACAAGCUGUGGCCACAUGGGUAUGUAAUGUGAAGGUGGUGUUACCAGUCUGAUAAGUGACAAAAUAAAAAAGAUUCAAAACAA